CAAAUAAUUAAUAGCUGCCAUCACUAGUUGCGAAAUAGUCAACAUUUUUAUUAAGCGAGAAAAUUUUUAAGGAAAAAAUCCUGUGUUGUAACAAUGACUUUGUUGGAAAAUGUACGCGAGUGGUUCACUUCCGAGACAGCCCGUAACAAAAAUUCAUCAUUGAUUGCUGGAUUCCUUUUUUUUUCAGGCUGGUGGGUUCUGAUCGAUGCUAUGUCAGUAGAUAGCCAACACCAGAUCACUACUGGGCAUGUAUUUAUAGGGGUAUUCGGUACCAUCAGUUUUUUCAUGGUGAACACUGUCAAAAAUUCUCACAUUUCUGAAGAGAAUACAUCAGAGUCUGGAGCCCAAAUUGCAAAAAUUUGGCUACUCAUUGGAUUCGUAAUGGGAUUUGCUUCGAUUGUGGCAGCAGUGUGGGUUAUGAUCGAUGAUUUCAUCAAUAAUACCAAAAAAGACAACUGGCCUGGUGUAGCCCUUCUCAUGCAAAAUGUUCUUAUUCUUAUUGGGAGUCUUGUUUACAAGUUUGGCCGAAACGAGGAGGAUUGGAACGAGUAAAUUAGCAAUAAUUUUUGAAGAGCUAUCCAAUCAUAAAGUUAAGUUAGAUAAUAGAUUCACAUUUUCUUUAUAAAAUAUUGCUAUACCAUAUUAAUGUAACCACAUAUAUAAGUAUGUACGUUUAUGCUAGUAUACACCCAUAUAUCUCAUAAGCUAACUAUAAUCAUUAAAGAAAAAUAUUAAAUAUUUAAUUUCAAGCC